GUUGCAGAUUUCACGAUGGCGAUGAAUGCUUUAUCGGAGUUCCUUUUUCCGGCGCCUCCUUCAUUGUUUGUGAACGUGAUGACGGUGGUGAGCUCGGCGGUGGUGACGGCCAUAGGGAUUUCCGAAGCUAAGGGAAAGCAUUUGCAGUAUUCCAAGUUCUGGAAUACGAAUACUGCUCCGAAAUCUUCGUCGGAGCAAUUCAAGAUUUCGUCCAGGCUAGGGAUGCUCUUCCUCUAUACUCCUGCGUUUAUCGCCGGCGCUGUGUCGCUCUGGUUCUUUCCGAACGAGGAUCGGAGGAUUCUUCUGAUUAAAUCUGCUCUCACCUUGCAUUUCUUCAAGAGGGACCUUGAGGUACUGUUUGUUCACAAAUACAGCAGCAAAAUGGUAUUGGAUUCAGCAAUCCUGAUCUCCCUGAGCUACUUCUCCUCCACAGCAAUCAUGAUAUACUCCCAGCACCUAUCACAGGGGCUUCCACAGCCGCCCAUUGAUCUCAAGAACAUAGGGAUUGCUCUGUUUCUAACAGGCAUUAUUGGCAACUUGUACCACCAUCUUAUCUUGGCCAACACCAGAAAAGGGGGAGAAACAGGCUACAAAAUCCCCAAAGGAGGCCUCUUCGGUAUCAUCAUCUGCCCUCACUAUCUGUUUGAAAUAAUUGUGUAUUUCGGGUUUGCUUUCAUCUCUCAGACCAUCUACGCCCUCUGCUUCGCCCUCGCCACCGCCGUGUACUUGGGCGGCAGGAGCUACGCCACCAGGCGUUGGUACGCCUCCAAAUUUGACAACUUUCCUAAUCAUGUCAAGGCCCUUAUCCCGUUUCUGUUUUAGGCCCUUCUUCACUGUUUGUUCUUGCUGUGAUGUUAAAAUUUCCAGGUUAAAGUUGAAUUUUGUAUUUAGACACUCUUACUCUCAAGCUUUGAGUUUAGUUUCUAUUUGGUCCCAGACUUUAGUUUUUAUUUGUUUCUCAUGUUGCACUUUUACUCUUUAAGUUUCUAUUUGGUCACUUUUGUCCUUAAAAUACUCUUUUGGUCUUUUGGUCUUUGAAUUUCAAAUUUAGUUUUUAUU